CACAGACACGCCACGCUAGACUGUCACAUAAAGCCAGCCGCUUCAAAUUUCAGACGAGCAUCAUCGUCGGUUUAACUUCGCUUCUCUUCUGUCUGAAAUAGCAACAUAGAACCAUGAAAGGAAUGAUGCUCCAGCUCAGCCGCAGCCUUAGCCGCGCCGCCCCUGUUCUCAAUCGCAGCAUCCACUCUGGUACGCGCCCGGCCUCCACCGCCGCCUCCAAACUGAGGUCCGAACGCCCGCUCACCUCAGAGGAAAUCUACGCCCGUGAGGACAAGUAUGGGGCGCACAACUACCAUCCCCUGCCUGUGGCCUUAGAGAGGGGCGAGGGCAUACAUGUGUGGGAUGUGGAGGGCAACCGGUAUUACGACUUCCUGAGUGCUUACAGUGCAGUAAACCAGGGUCACUGUCACCCAAAGAUUGUAGCUGCGCUCAGCGCCCAGGCCUCCAAACUCAGCCUGACUUCCAGAGCAUUUUACAACGAUGUGCUGGGAGCCUAUGAGGAAUACAUCACCCGCAUGUUUGGCUAUGACAAAGUGUUACCCAUGAAUACAGGCGUUGAAGGUGGUGAGACUGCCUGCAAGCUUGCUCGUAAGUGGGCUUACAGUGUGAAGGGGGUUCCCAAAAACAAGGCCAAAAUCAUUUUUGCAGAGGGAAACUUCUGGGGCCGCACCAUGGCAGCCAUCUCCAGCUCCACGGACCCUAGUAGCUACGAAGGCUUCGGUCCCUACAUGCCAGGCUUUGAGCUUGUCCCAUACAAUGACAUUCCUGCACUGGAGAAAGCUCUCCAAGACCCAAAUGUUGCGGCUUUCAUGGUGGAGCCCAUCCAGGGUGAAGCUGGGGUGGUGGUGCCCGACCAGGGUUACCUGACUAAAGUCAGAGAACUUUGCACCAAAUACAACGUUCUGUGGAUUGCUGAUGAGGUGCAGACAGGCUUGGCAAGGACUGGCCGGCGGCUGGCUGUGGACCACGAGGAUGUCCGUCCAGAUGUGGUGAUUCUGGGUAAAGCUCUUUCUGGAGGAGUUUACCCCGUAUCUGCAGUGCUGUGUGAUGAUGAGGUAAUGCUGACCAUCAAGCCCGGGGAACACGGGUCCACAUAUGGAGGUAACCCCGUGGCCUGUCAGGUUGCUAUCGCUGCACUUCAGGUGAUGGAGGAGGAGAAGCUGGCAGAGAAUGCUCAAAGGAUGGGAGAGCUGCUGCGGUCCGAGCUGAGAAAACUGCCUAAAGACAUUGUGACAACAGUCAGAGGGAAAGGGCUCCUUAACGCAGUCGUCAUCAAAGAGACCAAAGGCUAUGACGCUUGGAAAGUGUGCUUGCGCCUUCGUGACAACGGACUGCUGGCAAAGCCCACCCAUGGUGACAUCAUCCGCCUGGCCCCUCCCCUCAUCAUCAAAGAGGACGAGCUGCACGAAUGCGUCGACAUCAUCCAGAGAACCAUCAUGUCCUUCUAAACUACAACCAUUCACGUAACCAACAAUACAAUACACCGACAACCUGCAAAGAGAUAAUCCACAUUAGCUAAAGCUACUGUAUGGCAAAUACUUAUGAGUUGUUUUUAAUUUUAUUCGAUUUUCAAAGGGUUUUACUGUAGAAAUGCAGUAUAGAGACUGUGUAGAAAGUGAGGUUACACUUCUGUACAGAAAAACUGCUGUAAUUGGAACGACUGCAACACAGGUGGAAAAAAACCAAUGGUUAGUUUUAAAUGUUCAAAUUUUUCAAAUAAUUCAUCUAAAUAGAUGAUUAACUAAACUAUAAUUUAAAAUAAUUAUUGUGCUGUUUUUCAAUGAAACCUUUUUCAUUUUCAAAAAGGGAAAGUGGUCUUACAAGUAUACAGUUAAAAAUAACUUUUAUAGGUUACAUUUCUAGUAGACUACUUGUCUACUAAACUGCUGGCUGCUGUCUGCUAAUUUGUGAAGUUUGUCUUGUGACAUAGUAGGCUGGCUAGUCAGGGUUUUGGAGUUUUGUUUGGCAGUUUCAAGACAGAAAAGGCAAGGGAGAGAGAGAGAGAGAGAGGGGAUUAGAGUAUGGGUAUUUUUAAGAGCAAGAGCAUUGUUUCUACACAUUAAAAGGACUUGAAAUGUAUAUGAAGAUUUCAGAUUCCAGGUCUUGAAAGACUGUUAAAAUGUCGUAAUUGCACUAAAAUGAUGACAAUGCUAAGAUUUGAAGUAUUUUUCUUUUCCAGUACAAAUAUGGUUACAUAUUAUAUGUAGUGGAGCUGUGUCAUUUUAUUUUAACAUAAGUUAUGAUAUGUGUUACUGUGGAAGAAAGCUCUUGCUAUAUAAUUUGGUAUACUUCAUUUCUACAAGCCACAUGCUGUGUAAAGAUGAAUGAGUGUUACGAGGACUCGUGCUGCUAGCUAAUGCUGGUUGGUUUUAAGUAUUUACAGUAUCUGUACAUUGUUUCACUGAACUUUCUGAUGAAUGUUAUAUCUGUUAUAAACAGUGAAUAGUGUCUUUUCAAAGACAUUAUCACAUUUAAGUUGUUACAUAAUCCAUUGUUCUUCAAAUAAAUUAGUGCAGUCUUA